UAAAAAAAAAAAAAAGUUAUGGAGAGAUGCCCGAGCGGAUCUCGUCUGUUGCGGGUCGCUGCGUAGUUUCCAGCGGGAGAAACGCUCCCCACGCCGCCUCGGGACACGCGGGACGCGCGGUGCGCAGCGGGGGAACCAGGAGCCGGGGAACCGCCGCCGCGAGGGGGUCAGAGCCGCGGCCGCUCCGGGGGCAGAGCCGGGUUUGUUUCCCCGUUUCCAAGGACUGAGAGUCGCUGAUGUCACCGCGGAGGAGGAGAAGGAGGCGGAGGGCAGGAGAGGAGGAGGAGGAGGAAGAGGAGGACAGGUGCGCAGAGUAAAGUUACCUCUGGUCGGAGCAGCAGCAGCAGGAGGAGGAGGAGCAGCAGGAGGAGCGACACUCCACUACUACAUCUGGGUUUAUUUCUGAACAUCAGCUGUUGGAAGUUUUCUGGGGUUUUUUGUAAGGAACAGUUUGGAAGUGGAUCAUAUUCCCACUGGAUCCACUUGCUGCUCCACAACACGGAGGUCUGACGGAGGUGGAGGAGGAGGCUGGUGGUGGUUUUGUUGUUGUUGUUUGUGAGGACACACAACACAACACAACACAACACAACGCAACGCAACGCAACGCAACUGUGCUGAGGGACCGGAGCAGCACCGGAGGCUCCACUUUCCGCCUCAAUGCGACACUGACGCAGCAGCUCUCGCAUCCCCGCAGACAGGUGAUGCUCGAUGGGAGGACGCGUCUUCACCACAGGGAGUUAAACCGCGAGAUAACAGAAUAGCACCAGUUGUUGUUUUUAUUCCUGGAUAUGGAUUUUAACACACGAGCCCGGCGCCAACUUCUCCGAUCUGCCACGAUGGUUUCCCCGUGCGUCAUUGCGCCCUAGGAUCAAGAAAGCGGGUCUCGAGCCGAAGGACGACCGUUGUUGGACUUGUAUUUUCGCGGGAGGAGGAGGAGGAGGUCGUUGUCGUUUCCCGGGAGCCAAGCGACCAUGUCCAAGACGCUGAAGAAGAAGAAGCACUGGUCCGGCAAAGUGCAGGAGUGCACCGCGUCGUGGGGGGGAUCCGGGGAGCUGGUCACCGUGGUGGAGGUGCGGGGCGGCGCGGAGCUGGGAGAGUUCCCGCACCUCGGACACGUAGUUGCGGAGGCGAUGGUGUGUCACGCCGGGAGGUUUCCCUGCAGCGGGGACGUGCUGCUGGAGGUGAACGGGACCCCGGUGAGCGGACUCACCAACCGGGACACGCUGGCUGUCGUCCGCCACUUUCGGGAGCCGAUCCGCCUGAAGACGGUGAAACCAGGUAAAGUGUUGAAUACUGAUUUGCGUCACUACCUCAGUCUGCAGUUUCAGAAGGGCUCCCUGGACCACAAGCUCCAGCAGGUGAUCAGGGACAACCUGUACCUGCGCACCAUCCCCUGUACCACUCGGCAGACCAGAGAGGGGGAGGUUCCUGGUGUGGACUACAAUUUCAUCAGUGUGGGGGAGUUCCGCGAGCUGGAGGAGAGUGGACUGCUGCUGGAGAGCGGCACCUACGAUGGAAACUUCUACGGGACCCCGAAGCCCCCUGCGGAGCCCAGCCCCGUGCAGCCGGACCUGGUGGACCAGGUUCUGUUCGACGAGGAGUUCGACACCGAGGUCCAGCGAAAACGCACGACCUCCGUCAGUAAGAUGGACAGAAAGGACAGCGCGGCACCAGAGGAGGAGGAGGAAGAAGAGAGGUCUCCUGUGGUCAACGGCCUGGCUGAGCACAAGGACAAGGCGGAGUGGAGGAAGUCGGUGCCCAGCUACAACCAGUCGGCGGGCGCCAUGGACAUGCGUGUGUGGAACACACAGGAUGAAAGUCAGGAGCCCUUGCCUAAAAACUGGGAGAUGGCCUACACAGAGACGGGCAUGGUCUAUUUCAUAGAUCACAACAGCAAGACCACAACCUGGCUGGACCCUCGCCUCGCCAAGAGAGCCAAGCCUCCAGAGAAAUGCGAGGAAGGAGAGCUGCCCUAUGGCUGGGAGAAGAUUGAGGACCCCCAGUAUGGAACAUACUACGUGGACCACAUCAACCAGAAGACCCAGUUUGAGAAUCCAGUGAUGGAAGCAAAGAGGAAGCUGAGUGAGGACACGCCCAUCGCCGUCCCGCCGCCGGCAGCCACGCCCUCAGCAGAAGAGCCUGGUAGAGGAGUGAGGGGCUUCACACGAGAUCCAUCUCAGCUCCAGGGUUCCAUCCUGCAGACGGCGCUGAGAAAGAGCCCACAAGGCUUCGGGUUCACGAUCAUCGGAGGAGACCGGCCCGAUGAGUUCCUUCAGGUCAAAAACGUCCUUCCGGAGGGGCCGGCUGCACACGACAACAGGAUCGCCUCAGGUGACGUGAUCGUGGACAUCAAUGGCUCAUGUGUGCUGGGGAAGACUCAUGCUGAUGUGGUGCAGAUGUUCCAGUCCAUCCCCAUCAACCAGUAUGUGGACUUGGUCCUGUGCCGAGGUUACCCGCUGCCCGAGGACUCCAGCAACAGCGACGACGCCUCGGGAGGCCCCGGCACCUCCAAGGACGCUUCCCCGUCCCCCUCCACCUCCACGCCGCAGGACCCUCACUACACAGUCCCAGACGGGGGAACCCUGUCCCGGCAUCCUGCUGCGGUGGCACCCAUGACCAACGGAGGCCGCCACCACCACCAUCCCCACCACCAACACCACCACCACCUCCCUCAAGACGGCCCCGACCCCACUAUGCUACAGCCGGAGCUGGUGAGCGUGCCGCUGGUGAAAGGCCCCGGGGGUUUCGGCUUCGCCAUCGCCGAUUGCCCGCUGGGCCAAAAGGUGAAGAUGAUCCUGGACGCCCAGUGGUGCCGCGGCCUGUUGAAGGGCGACGUCAUCAAGGAGAUCAACCGACAGAACGUCCAGACGCUGACCCACACGCAGGUGGUGGACAUCCUCAAAGACCUGCCUGUGGGCAGCGAGGUCAACGUGCUGGUGCUUCGAGGAGGUCAGACGUCUCCUGUGAAAUCCCUGAAACCGUGCACAGCUCCCAUGUCCCAGCCCACUCCUUCACCCACAUCCCAUGCCGCUGCCCAGCCGCUGCCCCAGCCGCUGCCCCAUCCGACCUCUCAGCCCACCCCCCAGCCCCCGUGGCAGGAGAUGAUCAACAGCACGGAGACCCUCAAUCAGCCGGAGAUGCCCCCCAACCCGCUCUCCUUCCCUCCCAGCACCGUGCGCUCGUCUUCACCCAAACCGGACGCGUCGGAGCUCUACCUCAAGUCCAGGGCCUUGUUGGACAGCAAGCCUCUUAACACCAAGGACCUGGACGUGUUCAUCAAAAGGAACCAGGAGUCGGGCUUUGGCUUCAGAGUGCUUGGAGGCGAGGGGCCGGACCAGCCGGUGUACAUCGGGGCCAUCGUGCCGCUCGGUGCAGCUGAGAAAGACGGGCGCCUGCGGGCCGGGGACGAGCUGCUCUGCAUAGAUGGCGUUCCGGUCAAGGGCAAGUCCCACAAACAAGUGCUGGAGCUGAUGACCAACGCUGCCCGCAACGGCCAAGUCCUGCUCACGGUCCGCAGGAAACUGGUCCAGUCAGAUGGAGGUGGCGAGGAGGAGGGUGGUCAGCAGCCCCACCACGUUGCAUCCGCGCUGGUCAACGACUCGCCCAAGAUGCCCGGCGGCGAGGGGCCAGGCGCCGUCCAGCAGGCGGCGUCCUCCCGGCCCGAGUGCUUUGACGUCACUCUGCACCGCAAAGACAACGAGGGCUUCGGCUUCGUCAUCCUCACGUCGAAGAACAAGCCCCCGCCCGGAGUUAUACCUCACAAGAUCGGCCGUAUCAUCGAGGGCAGCCCCACAGACCGUAUAGGUCAGAUGAAGGUGGGCGACCGCAUCUCCGCCGUCAACGGCCGCUCCAUCAUGGAGCUGUCGCACAACGACAUCGUCCAGCUCAUCAAGGACGCUGGGAAUUCUGUCACGCUCACUGUUGUGCCUGAAGAUGACAGCGCUCCUCCAUCUGGAACAAAUUCAGCCAGGCAGAGCCCUUCGGCACAACACAGAGCUGUGGGCCAACAGCCUCCCAGCUAUCUAGAGAGGAACGGUGACAGUGAGAUGAAGAACUCUUUCUCACAGAGAGAGAUGGGAGCACUCAUCACAUCAGGCCCUAAGCAGGGCUGUUUCGUGGUGGAGCUGGACCGCAGCCAGCGCGGCUUCGGCUUCAGUCUGCGAGGAGGCAAAGAGUACAACAUGGGACUGUUCAUCCUGCGACUGGCCGAGGAGGGACCUGCUCUGAAAGAUGGAAGGAUACAUGUCGGAGAUCAGAUAGUGGAGAUCAACGGGGAGGCCACGCAGGGCAUCACACACACCCGGGCCAUCGAGCUGAUCCAGGCGGGAGGCAGCAAAGUUCAUCUGCUGCUCCGACCCGGCCAGGGCCUGGUCCCGGAUCACAGUGCAAAGGACAAAGUAACCAUUCCAACCUCAAGCUUUCCCAGAUUCGCUGUAUCUGAAGGACAGUCGUCUCCAGCCUCUCCAUCCUCUGUCUUCUUCUCUACCUCGGAACUGUCCCCAUCUUCCCCAAAAAUAUCUGUCACCGAGGAGUUCCCUGGGGUGGACCUCAGGGCGUCUGGGUCCCCGGGCACCGGUCAGGAGCACGGCAGGCAGGCUAACAGAUCGAGAGGACAGCAGCCUCCUCCCCACGACCAUAAGCGCACCACCAGCCCCAGCACGCCCGGCUCCAGAAAGACAAGCAGGGCCGAUUCCAAGUCUGCAAGUCCCAAAAGAGCCACUGAAGGCUUGAGAGAUCACGUAGAGCGCUCCCAGAGCCCGAGAAAGACAGAGCGAGGCCACAGCGGAUCCUUGGAAGACAUGAGCAAGGAGAGAAAAUCCCCAGGGCAGAGAGACCACUACUCCACUGGCACCAGGAAGAGCUCCAAGAGGGAACAUGACCCUGCUGUGCCUGUGAAGAACCUGGAGGAGCCCCACAGCCCCCGGCGUCCAGCUGGCCAACAGCCCAGCGUUCCAUCCGCAGAGGGGAAGGACCGGCGGUACAAGGAGGAGGAUGCACCUUACCGGACCACGGAGAGCGGAGACAAAGGCUGGGCGACCGGCGAACGCCACAAGAAGGGCCAAAGGGCAGAGCAAGAAGCAGCGGCACAAAAGUCUUACUCCCAAAUGCACAGGGAGAGGGCGGGGUCAGAUACCGACAUUGGCACCCUGAGCCGAAAGAGCGGGAGAGAGAAGGGGGACACGCAACACCGGGAGGGCAAGCACCACGGGACGACCGAUGAAGUGACCAGAAAGGACCCCAGAGGUUCGAGCAGUAGCAUCCAGGACCCCAGCUGCAACGGGACCACCGCGAGCAAGAAGGCUCCCAUCACCCCAGGUCCGUGGAAAGUUCCCAGUUCGGCCAAGAUCCAGUCCCGAGUGGACACAACAUAUGCAGAUGUCUGAAAUCUUUCCAGGACUCUCUGCAUCUAUGAAGAUAAAGCUGAGCCUCUGAACAUCCGGAAAUGAAGGAUCUUUCUUUAUCACGGACGAAGCAGAUCACUGUGUAACCAGCAACAUAGCUUCUCGUUGCUUUUCUGUUUUUUGUUUUCUUUCUUUCACCCAGUUUGCCUCGGUUGGUUUGCAUCAAAGCUGCUGACGUCCGAUCCGACACACGUGCUCGCACCCACCUGAGUAUUUGCAUCAGAUGGCGUCGGAGCGCGAUGUUUUGAAUGCGACACUGAAGUCUAUUUUGUGCCAAUCACAGACUCCGGUUUGAAGCAGCUCCUCCCGUCUGCUCACGUACACGAAGGAUCCUGGGUUUUUGGGUUUAAUUUGUUUUUGUCACUUUUAGAGGUUUAAGGCACAUUCCUACAAUCCCUCAGCUUCUCUUCCUGGCAGGACUGAGUCACUGUGGCUGUCACUGAUGGAUGUAGUAAAAAAAAAAUGAGGCUGGUGGGUUUCUCUUAAAAUUGGCAGCAAAGGGUUGACGGAGUGUCUUCUAAGUCAUUUACGGCCUGUUCUUUGAGUGUGUGUGUGUGUGUGUGUGUGUGUGUGUGUGUGUGUGUGUGUGUGUGUGUGUGUGUGUGUGUGUGUGUGUGUGUGUGUGUGUGUGUGUGUGUGUGUGUGUGUGUGUGUGUGUGUGUGUGUGUGUGUGUGUGUGACUGUAUUCACUCUGAAACACUCUGAUCCCAUUAGCGUACCAGAGGGUGGACAGACCGCCCCGGAGCUUUAUAUGCAUCAAUCAGCAGACCAGAUACUUGUGGUUCUAGUUCUAAUGUUUGUCACACGUGUGUUGAUAAUAAAAAAAAAAAAGCAUAAUGUAAUUUAUUGAAGUUAUAUAUAUGUAAACACAACUGUCAGUGCACAUAUCCCGCGCCGUCAUUUCACUUUUGAUGUGGAUUCAAAGUGCAGAAAUAGAAUGUGUAAAUAAGCGUCACCAUCUGAAAUUGUUACAGCAUUAAAAAUCUAUGCAUUCUAUUUCUAGGAGUUCACGGUCAUGUUGUCGUCUACUGUUUGCAGCUCUGUACUUUAGGUCUAUGUGUGUACGUAUACAAGCUGACUGGUAGGCCUGUGUGUUUUUGGAUAUUCGCUGUAGCAUCGACUAUACUUAAUCAGAAGCAUAUAUUAUUAUUUAACAAAAGCGAUGACACGUAUAUUGAUAUAAUUUAGACGAGUUGAAUUGUAUGUGAAUCGACUCGCUGAAAACCUUGAGAGAUAUUUUUAUUGUGGGCACAAACAACGUGUUGUUAUCUCCUCACUCUAACCUCCAAAUCUAUUUUUGAUCUAUUUUUUUAUUUAGUACGUGACCAUCAAUGUGAGAAGGAAGAAAGAAUAGCAUGUGCUUUUUAUAUUUUUUUUGCUUAGCUGUUAAUUAUUAACAACACCACGGCUGUCACUUUUGUGUUAAAUAAAACCAGGCUCCCAAAAGAAUGCAGUUAAUUUACCACACGUGGAGGGAGGGAGUUGGUGGUUGUAUGAAAACCCGAUUUCCAUUUGAAGUUUAUCAAAUUUAAUUAAACAGGGACAUAAGUCGCAUAAGGAAAAAAAAUCUAUUUUUUAUUUAUUAGAAUCAGCUGUGCCCUGAUCUGAAGACAAAAUGUAGUGUUGUUUAUAACGGCGGAGUACAGAGACAUCUAGUGGUUCAAACCUGUGGCGUCAUCGGCGUGCCUGUUUUUAAAAGAUGCACAGCAGCAUCUUCUCUGAGGCCGUUUACUAAUUUAUUGUCAUUGUGGAAUGAUGGGCUGCCGUACGAUUCACCGGUUCGUCACCAUGUAGGAUACCGUGGCCUUGCAUCGCUCCAACGUAGAAAAACAAAAGAAGUCUCUUGAUUUGAACAUCAUGGUUAGUUGUAAAUGUUUAUAAAUUGUACAGCACCUGUAUAAAUACUUGCCUUCAUGCAGAAAAAAAUCAAAACCUCUGUAAAUCGUUUCAUUAUUUUUCUAAGGGAACCGAGAGGAAAAGGAUAUAAAAAUGGGUGAAAAUGAAUAAUGUGGUCAUGGCAUUCUGUUCAUGCACUGAUAAAUAAAGGUUUACUGAAUAAACA